GAUUCAGGGCAUAGACUGUCCCAGCGGACCUCCGGUCAGCCAAUCAGCUUCCUCAGCCACUCCCGCAGCGCUCGGAGGCCUUAGACCAUAUUAUUGUAAGCCAUAUUUCAUUUACGGAGUUGCCUUGGAUUGCCAAAGCAAAAAUCAUCUUGCUGCUUGCCUUGUGGAACACAAAAGUAUGACUCUGCAGGCAGAAUUUGAACAGAUAGCUGGGGAUGUGAAGAAGGUAAAGACCAGACCUGAGGAUCAGGAGCUGUUGGACCUAUAUGGUCUCUACAAGCAGGCUACUGUUGGCGAUGUCAACACAGACAAACCUGGAAUGGUGGACCUGAAAGGAAAAGCCAAGUGGGAGGCAUGGAAUUCUAGGACAGGAAUGUCAAAAGAUGACGCCAUGACAGCUUACAUUGCACUGGCAAAGGAGGUCAUCAACAAAUAUGGGAUGUAAUGCUGGAGCAGUAGCACAGGGGUGGUUUAUUUUACUUUGGUUUAGAAGCAAAACAUUCUCUUAAUUAAUUAUGCAGCAUCACACAUAUUCACACAUAAUCAAAUAUUUGUAGAGUAAAUUCUGAAAAACAAAAUAUCACACUUUUUAAACCUCUCUUUUCCUCAUUUUAACAUUUUGCCUUUAUAUUUUAAUAAUGCACAUACUGCUAACAAUAUACCUCUACACUUACCUCUGUUUUUUUU